AAAGCAAGGAAAAAGCAAGGAAUACCAAUUCAAUCAAUGGGUCCCUUGCUUAGGUCCCUCCAUCAUCAUGAUUCUGUAAGAUUUUUCCUUGGAUUUCUAAGAACCACUAAGAGCUACUUUAAUUCAGACCUUUUUAAAAAAGUGAACAGAUCUGAUGGAAUGGAGGUCCAGUUGAAUGACGCUAUCUUCAAAGUGAACUGCAGGUUCCACGAAGGAACGUAUGCCAGAAGCAAACGGGGUUGACUAUAAGAAGCGAAGAGUGAAAGAGUCAUUUGCCCUCCGAUUCCAUUGAUCAAAUCUUGUUGCCUUCGAUGGCCUAUCUUCUCCUUUACAAAUUGGUGGUGUGUGCUAAGGCGAUUGAAGGUGGAAGCCUGAAUGUUGCAGAUUCACUUUUGGCAGAAAUUCAAUCUCUAGCUUCUAAAGAAGAGAGCAUAUGGACGAGGAAAGUUGUCAAAUACUUCGCUGAGGCUCUUGUCCGGCGAGCCUAUGGAAUUCGUCCUCCAUGUAUUUUUCCCUUGCUAUCAGCCGCAUGCAUGUAUGUUCCUUUCUACGCGUUUGCUAGAAUCACCAGUAAACAUGCCAUUGCUGAUGCCUUGAAUUCGGGAAAUAAACGACUCCACAUUAUUGACUUCUCCAAUUUCGGCGAUUAUUGGCGGUGGCGUUACUUAAUUAAAGAACUCGAACAGCAUUAUGGUGGCCUUCAAUCAGUCCUAAUAAGCAGUAUCUCACCAAAACUGUCAAAACACUCUUGCCAUCCCCGUUUCCACCGGGGAUGGGCUGAGGGCGGAAAUGUGGAAUUGUGGGGAUGGGCUGAGGGCGGAAAUGUGGAAUUGAGGCACUUGAUAUGCAAUAUUCCGUAUGGUAUUGUCAAUUGUAUUUCCGAACUCAGAAGGAAAAGGGAGGAUGAGAUUGUGGUUGUGAAUUGGAAUUUUACACUCCACAAACUGCUUGCACAAGAUGGGGCAAUGGAGCAAGUGCUUUCAAAAGUGAAGGAUUUGGGAGCGGACAUCAUGGUAAUUGUUGAGCAAGAAGCCAAUCUUAACAGCCCUUGUCUUUCGGAGCGGCUCGAACAAUCAUUCCAAUACUACUCCACUAUUUUUGAGUCACUGGAGGAAGAUUAUGGUAGCAACGCCUUAUGGGACUGCCUCAAUUAA